AUGGCGCACCGCAGCCUCUUCCUGCGCAUCCUUUACCGGUCCAUCUACUUGGUCCUCUACUUCAUCCUCUGCGGCCUGCUGCUCAUCACCCCGGGCGACGCCAUCCAGCGGUCCGUCGUCAAUGCGCAGUGGUACAACAUCUGGAUCAUCGCGUCGGCGUACGUCAUCACCGUCGUCAUUGUCAGCUUCGUCUACAUUGUGCGUCUGUACGUCAACCGGACGGUGCUGGCGUCGAUUCCCAAGUCGUGGGUGCCCAUCGAAAAGGGCGACGUCAAGAAGGGCGUUUACAAUAUUGUGGUGGCUGGGCUGAGCAGGAGCGCGGCCAUUGCGUAUGCGGCGAGGCCGAGGGUUGAGACGCACGAUGAGAUGAUGCGGGACGAAAUGUUGGAGGACGACGAAGAUGAGGCGCGCAGCAGGGAAAAACUGAUUGCGUGGAAUGAAGAGGCCUUGGAUAGGGAUACGCCGGUCCCAAUGCCGCCGCAUCGCCCUGUAUGGGGUACCAUUGAGCAUUGCGGCUGGGCUUCUCCAAACUCGCCGGAUCUGCCCAACUUGCAAUACAACACCGUCAUAUCGGAGAUUCCGAAUCUAAUAGAGGCGCAGGCACUGCGACUUGCGCCGCCAGAUCCAACGUCUCAGGCCAACCCGCCAAUGCUGGAUCCAGAAGCCGCUGAGCUGCUGCAGAGAUCGCCCAGCAUGAGUCUGCGAGAUUACUUUGGGCAUCUCGCUAGUUUGGGCGUCGUCAUCUUGGACGAGACUGUGGCUGACUUUCUUGGGAGAUACGAAGCAGCUCGCUUCUCGACUAGGCCAGUCUGCGACGGGAGAUUUCGCGAGCUAAUGCACCUCUUUGCGGAAAUAUUACGAUCAAUACAGCCUUUGGACCCCACAGUCUUGGAUCAAAUGUAUGAAGAUGAAGAGGAUGAAGAGGAUGAAGAGGAGGAUAGAAGGAGGGGAGGGAAAAUGAAUGAGGAAGCGGCGACGGAGAGCGAUAUUGAUAACGACGCUCCAGCGGAGACGAUUCCAUCUACUCCAAGAACUGUAUCACGACCCUCUACCGCCAGCACUCAGCGCUCGUUUCAGCGGCAGAUGAAACGACGCACUAUGAAUACGUAUCGCACCGCGCCGAGCACACCCGGUAGCAGAAGGAAUGUGCCCAUGACGCCCCGCAGCGUUGGCAGCAAUGGGGGCUUCUCGCAAAUGCAACGCUAUUAUACCUCGAGCCAGCACUCAUCGGCCGCCAGCUUCCGAUCCAGGUCCUCGAAUGGCUCAGGCUCUGUCAUCCGCCUAGCAGACCACGGGGACCCUAACGACUUACCAUAUGUCCUCACAUUGACUGAAUCAACGGCAACGAGAUACUGA